UAACCUCCCGAACAUUAUCCCGACCAAAAUAUUGUUUGUUUUAAAUACAGACCCUCACGAUUUUCGUUUUUGGAUGAAUAUCAAGCUGACUUCUCGAGAAGUCACCAAUCCUUGUAUUGCUCCAUAAUAAACAUGUUUAACUUCAAAAUUCUUAUAUAUAAACUUUUUUUAUUUCACCCAAAAAGCAUUUUGUCAAUUAAAUUCAGUUAUUAGUUCUUUCCCUCUAUUCGCCGAUACCUUUGAAAUUACAGACGCACGCGCCGCCUGUGCCAACUCCUCGCAGCUCACACACACACCAAACACGUUCGAGCCUCUCACACACGAGCGAAACCCUAACCCUCGCACGCAGACCGCUAUCUCACACGCGUCUGCUUCCGGCUGGUCGUCGGAACCCGGCUCUGGCCUCCCUCUCCUCACCGGAGCAGCUCCGGUUUAUCCUGGCCUCUCCAUCGCUGACACCACCGGAAAUCCGUCCAGUUGAGAGGUUGAAUUUUGGUUCCUGAGAGGAGAUAAUGCUCCGGAGAGUUGCUUGUCCGAGCUGACGAGGCCUAGUUCGUUCGUGGAGGAUAAUGGAGAAGGCGAUUAAACUGAAGUUUUAGUCUCCGUGACAAAGAAUUCCCCCAGAGUUCAGUUGUUUCGAGCAAUUGAAGCGCUUAGCAGGCCUGAUUUGACAAGGUAACCGAUGCUUAUGACUUGGUUUUCCUUUCUUGUUCUUUCAUCAGCUCAGCCGGUUAUCUGUGCCAAAGAAGCGAGUCUCCGGCUCAAUUGAGCUCUAAUCUAUUGUUUCUCAGUUGGCUCUUUUUAUGAAAUGUUCUUUGUUCUCACUUUUUGCGCACGCACGAUAAUUUCCAAGUAUCAAGAAGAGAAAUGGUUAGAGAAAAUGGAGGUUAGUUGGAUAAAUGUUGAACGGAAGUUUGGGUUAGCUGCUUUUGAGAAAGGAUUGUUGCUCAAAGGAUCGGUGGGAAAUAUUUUUUCCUUCUUUUCCUUGGUCUUCUUUUGCGUUUCUACCAUGGUCAUCUUCCUUGACGUUUUAAAUUAUUGCCAGGAAAAUCCAGCAUUGGCCCGGGUGCAGUUGUAGCAUUCUUAUGCCAAAUGCAUUUGUCUUGGGACGACACGGUAUGACUCAGUUUGACCGAGUUAAGGGAAUUUGAUUGAUGGCAACAGAUAUGCAAAAGCUGAUUGUAACUAGCGAGGAAGAUGAUGAAGAAGGAGACGGAACAGAUAUGGACGUCAAAGAGGAAGACGGUGAUAGUGAAAACAGAGCAAAACACAUUGCUGAUCAAGCAAUGGUAGGGGUUGAAGCGGGAAUGCUAUCUGAUAGUUUUGACGAUCAGUUUCAGUAUCAUCAUGAAGUUCAAGACCAGGUGAGUACCCCAGGAGGAGGAGGAAGUGGUGGUCGAAAGUGUAGGCCACUUGAAGAGAAAGAGAGGACCAAGCUGAGAGAGAGGCACCGAAGGGCAAUCACUGCAAGGAUCCUAGCCGGGUUAAGAAGACAUGGAAACUAUAAUCUUAGAGUUAGAGCAGAUAUCAACGAUGUAAUUGCUGCCUUGGCCAGGGAAGCUGGAUGGGUUGUUCUCCCAGAUGGAACUACCUUUCCCUCAAGAUCUCAGGGCUCAAGGUCUGUGGGAGGUCCUUCUGCAGCAGCUACACAGACGUCUUCCCAUCAAAGCCCACAACAGGAACCUCCUCCUUCCCUCAAAGGAAUUUCCCCUGGUUAUCCGACUCCAGUGGAAUAUAAUUCAGGUCAAAUGAAAGGUCUACUUGUGCCCUCUCCAUCACCUUAUGAUUUAUCUGCAGGCGCUCAUCCACAAACUUCAGUGAUGAUGGGCGAUGGUGUAGACACACCACGGAUCCAGCCUCUCACUGCUGGUACUGUAGAUACCAUCAAUGCUAAGCAGAUUGUUGAUGUAUAUCCAAAGCUCUCAGAGCGAGAGUUUGGGGGCUCUGCUUAUGUACCAGUUUAUGUGAUGCUACCACUGGGUGUAAUGAAUAUGAAAUGUGAGCUAGCUGAUCCAGAUGGUCUAUUACAGCAGCUGAGGGCACUAAAAUCAGCUGAAGUUGAUGGUGUCAAGGUUGACUGCUGGUGGGGAAUAGUGGAGGCUCACGCCCCGCAGGAGUAUAACUGGCAUGGUUACAAGAAGCUUUGUCAGAUAGUGCGUCAACUUAAGCUCAAGUUACAGGUCAUCAUGUCAUUUCAUGAAUGUGGAGGCAAUGUUGGUGAUGAUGUUUGUAUUCCAUUGCCACAUUGGGUGGCAGAAAUAGGUCGGAGUAACCCUGACAUAUUUUUCACUGACAAAGAAGGAAGACGCAACCCUGAAUGUCUCUCCUGGGGAAUCGACAAGGAAAGGGUACUAAGAGGCCGAACUGCUGUUGAGGUAUACUUUGACUACAUGAGAAGUUUCCGGGUACACUUUGAUGAAUUCUUUGACGAAGGUGUCAUCUCCAUGGUUGAAAUUGGGCUUGGGCCCUGUGGUGAACUCCGAUACCCUUCUAAUCCUGUAAAGAAUGGUUGGAGAUAUCCUGGGAUUGGUGAAUUUCAGUGUUAUGAUCAGUAUUUGAUGCGAAGUCUGAGGAAGGCAGCUGAAGCAAGGGGACACCCAUUUUGGUCUAGAGUGCCAGAUAAUUGUGGUUCUUAUAACUCGCAGCCGCAUGAAACAGGCUUUUUCUGUGAUGGUGGAGACUAUGAUGGCUAUCAUGGGAGGUUCUUCCUUAAUUGGUACUCCCAGAUUUUAGUUGAUCAUGGUGAUCUAGUGCUUUCUCUGUCCAAAUUGGCUUUUGAAGGCACCUGCAUCGCGGCAAAGCUACCAAGUAUUCAUUGGUGGUACAAGACAGCUAGCCAUGCUGCAGAGUUAACUGCCGGAUUCUACAACUCUUGCAAUCGUGAUGGCUAUGCUGCAAUUGUCGCAAUGCUGAAGAAGCACGGGGCUACUCUAAAUUUCUGUUUCUCUGAUCUGGGGGUGUUAAAUCAACAACCUAUGGAUUUCGCUGAUGGAUAUGUCGAUUCUGAUGGAUUAUUUUGGCAGGUGUUGAAUGCUGCCUGGGACGUUUCCAUACAGAUAGUCAGCGAGAGUGUGUUCCCUUGUCAUGAUCGACUCGCCUACAACAAGAUACUGGAUAAUGUGAAACCAUUGAACGAUCCAGAUGGAAGACAUCCUCUGUCAUUUACGUACCACAGACUCAAUUCAGUUCUGAUGGAUAGAUACAACUUUCUGGAGUUCCAACGUUUCGUCAAACGAAUGCAUGGAGAAGCAGUUGUGGAAAUGCAGGUAUAAGUGUAAUAGCCGUGACAGUGGCACUGAAAUGUGUGGCCAGACUCCCAUCAGGAGAAUUAAAUUGGUUUGGCUAGAAGGCCAAUCUUUGUAUGUAAUGUAGCACAAAAAUAUAGUAGCUAUGUAAAUGAUGCAGCAAAAGUGCAAGGAAGCACCAAAACACUUGCACUUUUGACCUUAAAUUUACUCUUAUUGAUGGCUAGAUAAUAUUAUUUGGUUGAAUACAGUUUGUUUAUAUAUAUUAAGGGUUUCUUUUUUAGGAUGAAUGAUUUGGAAUUUCCGACCCACUUGGUGGUCAUUGACAUAGAAGAUAAAAAGAGGGCCCUCUGGCACUCCAUUCCUAGCCAUGGUUAGUGCUGUAAUAGAUGGGGCUGAGUGGACCAUCAUUUUUGAGGUUUGGUGAGGAAUCAAUCAAGAAUUCAAGAUCAAUGUGGUUGAAAGUUUUUGCUAGAAACUUUGAAGCGACCAAGAAAUGCAUGAUAGUGAUUUUGAUACCUUAUCAACGGGACCCAUGUCUCCAUUGCACUCCUCUAGUUAGGGUUGUUCAAAUGGUUACCGUAGUAAUAACCAAACCAAUUAAGUCCAAAUUUCAUUAACCAUGGAAUAAAAUGUCUUAACCAAACCAAAGUUUAAUUGGUUUGGUUAAUCCGAUUAACCAAAUAACAUAAUAUUACAUGAAAACAAUUAUCCUGUUAAUGAAUAAAACAUAACCAUAUGUUAUUACUAUCAUAAACUGUCAUUAUAUAUAAGAAAUAAUAAUAAUUAGACUAACCAUGGUUAUCAUCAUCAUUCGAGUUAAUACAUCGUUCAUCAUCUCCGCACCUAGUAUAGUUAGCUUACAACAAACCCUUAACAUAAAUAUUAAAUACAUACCAAUACCACUCAUCAUGAAGUUAAAGCUCUCCUACAAAACACUUAAACUAUACAUAGUUUGAGAUGGUUGUCAUGGUAUUGUACGUAAUCCUAAAGUCUAGUAGCUGUUCAAAAUGUUUUUGUUUAGUAAAUAGGCAGUCCCAUUUAAUUUUUGACCCAUAAUGCUUUGGUUUGUUGUGCACAUGGAAAUAAGAUAGUGAAUCACGAAAGUUUGGUUUAGUUGGUUGCAUGGAAGUAUAAAUAAUUUUGUAUAUUAGGUGUAUCAUUAAUUGGUUAAUUGGUUUCAUUGGUUAGUAGUGUUAAAACCAAACCAAACCACCUAAACCAAAUAAGCUAAAUUGUUUAACCAAACCAAACCAAUUAUCCAAAUUAACCGAAUGCUACUGGUUAAUAUGGUUACCUCGGUAACCAAUCCGUUUGAACACCCCUACCUCUAGUGCAUCCUAGAUAUACGUAAAAAUAUCCUAUGAAUCGUCUUCAAAAUUGGUUAAUUUUAGGUGACAAAAGGACAUUAUUUCAAAGUACGACUAUUAGUUUAGCGGGAGAAAACUUUUAUUCUACUCCCUGUGGGCUGUGUAAGCAAUAUAUAAUUCACACAAUUAUCACAAGUAUGAAUCCAAUUCGAUUAUUUAUUUUAUUUUAUUAAAAAUCUCAAUACUAAUAUCAUUCUUAUCCUAAUUCUUUGCAGGAUGCCAUAACAAAUCCACACAACGUUG